AAUUGCCUCAUUCACCACUACCAGGUCUGUAGUUGUAAUAUCGCGUAGUGGAGCAUAGGUAAAUCUAUCACAUGAUUGCUGCGGUCGCUCUGUGCUCCGCGUCUCUUCCUGAGCGAAAGGCAGCAGCAGCAGCAGCAGCAGCAGCAGCAGGAGCCGCAGCGGCAGCCCGGGUUUCAUGUAAACACGCCGCGCUCAGGGCUUUGUUUCACAUACACAUUCACACACAUACACACACACACACAUACACACACUCACUCACUCAUACAUACAUACACACACACCGCUGGUAUCCCCCUUCUAGUCAUGCCAUGGAUAUUUUGUGGCAAUACCAGUUCAGGAUCAUUUUACUCGGGGAUUCGACCGUGGGGAAGUCGUCGUUGCUGAAGCGCUUCACGGAUGGUAUUUACAGUGAUGUGGCGGAUCCGACUGUCGGGGUAGAUUUUUACGCCCGCUCGCUUGAUAUCGAGCCCGGGGUGAAAAUAAAGCUUCAGCUCUGGGACACCGCUGGCCAGGAACGAUUCAGGUCCAUCACGACAUCAUAUUACCGCAACUCGGUGGGCGGGCUGCUAGUUUUUGAUCUCACCAAUCGCAAAACCUUUGACCAUGUGAGGGAGUGGCACAAGGAGGUGAGUGAGCACAUCCUGCCUCACCACAUGGUCUACAUCCUCAUCGGCCACAAGAGCGACCUCAACAAGGACCGCAAGGUGACCCGGGACGAGGCGGAGCAGCUGGCGGCAGAUCUGGGCAUCCGCUACGUGGAGACGUCGGCCAAGUGCAACAGCAACGUGGACCGGGCCUUUGAGCUGCUGACCAGAGACAUCUAUGAGCUGAUGAAGAUGGGGGAGAUCGUCACCCGCGACGGCUGGGAUGGCGUGAAGAGCGGUCUCACUGCCAAGGUCCUCUACCCCACCGAGGACGAAGAGGAGCUAGCCACCGCGUCUGCCGAAAAAGGCUGCCACUGCUAACUGAGAACUCUGUGUCCACACACUGUCCUGUCUCACUAAGAGCUUGCCUCGUCUCACAGCUGUCCAUUAGAAAACAAGUCACUCAGGCUCAGCACCCUGUGAUAUCAUCACCCAUCACUCCUUCACCUUUGUGCUUCGUGCCCUCUCUGUGUGUGGGACAGCUGGGAUUGUUUUCCAACAGGGGGCUUGUGUACAUCCUGAUGUGUGUCUUAUAAACAAGUUGUAUCUCUAAAUCCAUACGGUGUAGCAUGAGCCAAGCUGUUUUUUGGCCUUGUUAGGUUCGGAAACCGCAGACAGCAUGCAGAGGUGAUCAGGUCUUGGGACUGAGAGUGUAGCCAAUAGUCCUUUUUCAGGUACAGGUGUUCAAGGUACAGGUAAAUCCAUGGACUGUGGCAUACCGUGGUCUGGCAUCACUCUCAUUUCAUACGGCACUGUUGUGGGUUUAUAACUGUCAAAGUUUGUGCAAUGCUUUGCCUGCAAUCCUGUGUGACUGUAAUAUUGUAAAUAAUAGUGAACUCUAUAGAAAUGAAAGCUAAAAGGUCACUAAAAGCUAUUUAAAUGAUAGUGUGAACAGACACAGUGCACUCUACAAUAAGUGUCACCAUUUGAAAUCAAUGUGCUCCUCCUGCUACUGUAAGCUGUACGUGCACUUACGCCAAACUGACUUCAAUCUUUGAUCAUUCUGUGAAUACAUGAGUAAUGUUUUUGUAAAAAAAAAAAAAAGAAGAAGAUAGAGAAUACUUCUAGUUAAGGUGUAUACAUAAAGAUAGGAUACUGUAACUAUGGUAAGUCCAAUUUAGGUUUGUAUUAUACUGUAGCAUCAACAGGAGCAAGACAUCAAGUAGAGAUUCAUCUCUCAGUCAUCAGACCUUUAAUUAUGCCGUCAGCAAUAGUAAAGAUGUGUUUGAUUAGAAACAAAAAGGAGUUUGAGUUUCACCUGCAGCUUAGGCAAACAGCUACUUCCUUCAUUCGAAGCUCAAUGCACAAAAAUAAUAUUACAUUCAGGCCUGAGGAUGUGUUGCUUAGUUUAUGUUUCAUUCCAGAAGUAUCAGUGAGUAGGAAAUGUUGGUUUAAGUCUGGAGGAAAGUCGUCUGGCUUCCAAGCGGAAAACCCGGAGCAAGAUUUGUCAAAACCUGAGGAUGCCACAUUAACAUGGCACUGCAAAAGCUAACGCAGCAGUCCAGCAAACCACGUGAAACCCUGACACCCGGUUUGGGUUUUGACAGUUCCCCCUUUCAGCCUGCUCGACAGGGCCUUAAAAUAAUUGUUCUACAUUUUGGGAAAUUCUUUUUCUUUCUAAAAGUUAGAUGAGAAAAUUUAAUGUUAGUGUAAUGUCUGUGUGUUAAGUAGGGAACUAGAUCAAGGAGGCAAUUAGCCUAGCUUAGCCUAAAGUAGGUGUAAACAGCUAGCCUUGCUCUCUCCAGCCACUUCUGAGUGAUAUCACCAUGUGUGGUAAAUUUGUUAAGACAUUAAGACGCCUGUGCUCACCAACUGCAUCUUGCAUCCUGCUAGUCAGAGAUGUACCGAGUCAGGCUAGCUAUUUUCCCCCUGCCUCUUCAUGCUAAGCUAGGCUAGUCGCCCCCUGGCUCUAGCUCUGUACUUAAUGCACAGACAAGGUUUCUAUCUUAUCGGCUAACCCUCAGACCCAAAGUAUAGAACUAUUUCUUUAAAGUGCUUGUUCUUAAUCAUGGAAAUCUGACAGAAGUGAUCACUUACAGUAGAUCAGCUGACUUUCAAGGAGCAGGAUUUUCAUCAACCUAAAUACUCAAGUGUAAAGCUGUUGUUUAAGUUGCUGAAAUUCUUUUCUCAACUAAGUAACGUUGACAUACCAUUGACAAAACUUUAGCAGCUGUAAUUGGAGCCUGUGACGGUCAGCUUGCCGUUCUUAGCAGUAAGAUGUAUUUAUGAUGAAUGCAUGUCUGUGCACAUGACUUACACCGCACAUGGUGGCAGUAACUACCUUUAACACAGAGGAUCAUGUACGCUUUCAAGUCUCCAGAGUCUUUUGACUUGCAGAGCCCAUUAAUCUGUUGUUUACCAGCCCGGAGGGUAAAAUAGACGACAGUACACUUACCCUGGGAGCUCACCUCUCCUCGCACCAGUCACUCAAUCACCUUUCACCAGCAUCUCAUGACAAACAAACAAAAAAAAAAAAAACCUGUUCACAUACACGUGUAAACAGCAAGAGAUUAUGCAUUGUGCAGUUUUUACUUUGCAUUCAUGUGAUCGAGCUUACCUACAUUUUUUCUAUGAGUUGAUAAAUGCUGGAUCUAGUAAACAUACUGUACGGUAUGUGGUUGCAGCUUAGUAUUCGGUAAGGAAUGUAUUGUAAAACAUUUGCACCAACCCCUUUAUUUUUUACUUUUCUGUACAGAAUCAAACUGUAUUCUCUCUGGAAACCACCACAUGUUAUAGCCAGGUUUAAGUACAGUGUAUUAUAUACGGUAUAAAUGUUUUUUUGUUCGUUGACAAUCAGACUUUAACAUUUCAUGUUCAUGGUGAAGGUGAGGACUUCAUCACAGGGGUGCUAUGCCUUGCAAUCGAGUUUAAACGUCCAUCCGAAAUCACCGUUUGACAGCCAGUCUGACUGUGUUUAAUACAACUACCUUCCUCACUUUUGUCUCUCAUGUAAACAGGGUUAAAUUGUAUGAUAUUGUUUGAAUGUGUAUGUGAAGAGCAAACUGUUCUCCUAUGAGCAUGAGUACCAUUCGUGAGCACUGCACUGAACAGUGUGGAACUGGCAGCCUCAGAGUGUUGAAAGCACGGGUUAAAUUUAAAGGACAAUACUGAAAGACAAGAAGAAAAAUUUUGAAUUUUUGAAGGACUCAUUAUCUGUGCUUAUUUCUCAUCGGCUGGUAGCAGACGCCUCUAUAUCCACCAAUGGUAAACAGUUAAAAAUCUAGACUACAUCUGCAGCUCCAUUUGUAACCUUACAAACUACAUAACAGUGACCAUUGUGAGUAAUGAUGAUGAUGAUUAUGAUGAUGAUGGUGGCCAGAACCAAUCUUCAGUCCACAUCCAGCCUCUCUCUUACUGAAAUCUAAAAAGGAGUAGCUCAACAUAUCUGGAAAUAUGCUUAUUCCCUUUCAUUUUUAAGAGUCAGAUGAGGUUUGACACCACUAUCUUAAAUCAUAUUGAUAUCAAUCUUCUUAUCUCACUCAGAGAGACUGUGAAUAUGAUUAAAAUCCUCCCGAAAUGCUGAACUGUGCCGUUAAUAAUAUUGUGUUAUCCACUGGAAUGAUAAACCAGCCCUGCACUGAUAGGGCUUCAGUACCAGAAAACAUCAGCAGCUGUGAGGCCUGCAGGAUGGUACAUAGCAAAAACCUGUACAGCUUCUGAGCCCCAUGGUCACAUUUCACAGCUUUAUCGAAUAAAUGUUAUUUAUUUUAUAUAUUCUGUAGAAGGGAUUCGCUUAUUUGAUGUGAUUUUAUUGAUUGGUUAAAAAAAAUAAAUAGAUGUCCAAUGAAUAAA